CCAUUUCCCACCUUUAGACCCGGAAUAAUAUCUACGUGUGCCUUUUUUAGAUUCACAGAACCGAAAAGAUUGCAUCCCAGUGAGAGAAAAAUGUGGAAAAAAUCUCGAGACCCAAAACAGAAACAAACAAAAAAUGAAUACCAAUCCUUGUAGUUGCUUUUAAUUUUCUUUGCCACUUUGAAAGAACAUUUUUACGUGCCACACAUGGCGUGCAUGAAGCUGGGAUCCAAAUCUGAAAUGUUUAACCACUAUGGCCAAAGCUGGCUGUGUUCAUAUGGACUUCCAUGCGAUGUCAUUAUUGAAAUUGGUGACAUAUCCUUCUAUCUCCACAAGUUUCCACUGAUAUCAAGAAGCAAAGUGCUAGUAGAUUUGAUGAAAGAAUUAUCAAGUGAUAAUGAGAAGUCUGUUUUGGAACUUCAUGACCUACCGGGAGGAGCCAAGGCCUUUUUGCUUGUUGCUAAGUUCUGCUAUGGAGUUAAAAUAGAGUUGACUGCAAUGAAUGUGGUUGGUCUCAGAUGUGCAGCUGAGUAUUUGGAAAUGAGUGAGAACUAUGGAGAGGGAAACCUGAUCAUGCAAACAGAAAAUUUCCUUAACCACGUGUUUGGUUACUGGGCAGACACUCUUAAGGCUCUUAAAACAUGUGAAGAGGUUUUGCCUUAUGCUGAAGAGCUUCACAUCACUUCACGAUGCAUACACUCUUUGGUGUUGAAAGUUGCAGAUCAAAGUUGUGUUAAUUUGCCUGUCUCAAGUCAAAGUGUUGCUCUGAGUUCAGAGGAUGCAGAAGUGUGGAAUGGAAUAAGCCUAACACCAAAGACAUCAGGUGAAGAUUCGUGGUUUGAGGAUGUCUCUUCUCUUAGUUUACCAUUGUAUAAAAGGUUCAUGCAGGGUGCUAGUGCAAGACACAUGAAACCUAAGAGAAUUGCUGGAUCCCUUGUUCACUAUGCAAAAAAGCACAUCCCCUUGCUGGGAAGUCAACCAAGUUCACAGAAUGGAAACUCUUCUGCUUUUAAGUCAUCUCUUUCUACCCCUUCAGAAGCAGAUCAAAGGAAUCUGAUUGAGGAAAUAGUGGAGUUGAUGCCAAAUGAAAAGGGCACAGCACCAACUAAGUUUUUGUUGGCGUGUCUGCGGACAGCAAUGGCCUUGUAUGCUAGUUCAUCUUGCUGUGCAAGCUUGGAGAAAAGAAUUGGUGCUCAGUUAGAUGAAGCAGAUGUAGAAGAUCUUUUGAUUCCAAAUAUUGGAUACUCAAUGGAGACUCUUCAUGAUAUUGACUGUGUCCAGAGAAUGCUUGAUCACUUCAUGAUUGUAGAGCAUGAUGUUGCUGAUAGUGCAUCUAAUGAUAUAGAUGAAGAAAGGCGCAUAGUUGGAGGCUCUCAACCUCACAGUCCGAUGGCUAAAGUGGCUAACCUGAUAGAUUGUUAUUUAGCUGAAGUGGCGCCUGAUGUAAAUGUGAAGUUAUCGAACUUUCAUUCACUUGCUGCUGUAAUUCCUGAUCAUGCCAGGACCCUAGAUGAUGGCAUAUACCGUGCCAUUGAUAUAUAUAUCAAGAAUCAUUCCUGGUUGACAGAUUCUGAGAAGGAACAAAUCUGCAGACUGGUGAAUUGCCAGAAGCUGUCACUGGAAGCCAGCACACAUGCAGCUCAAAAUGAGAGGUUACCUCUCCGUGUUGUAGUCCAAGUGUUGUUCUUUGAACAACUGAAGCUGCGCACAUCUGUUGCUGGGUGGUUCUUUUCUUCUGACAAUGUUGAGAACUCACAAAACCUGAAUGCAAAUCUUGCUCUGGUGAGAAAUGAUGGCAACACACCACCACCUAACCCCGUUUUAGCUUUUGACAACAUGAAAGGGAGGGUGGCUGAACUCGAGAAGGAGUGCUUGAGCAUGAAGCAAGACUUGGAAAAGAUGAUGAAGUCAAAGUUAAGUUGGAACAUGAUCUUUAAGAAAUUGGGUUGCAAGUUUGUGCCUAAGCCCUCUAAUGCCACCAAGGUCUCCAAGCCAUGCGGGAAGGCCAGAAUAUCACCAGCAUCCACUGCACAGGUGGAAGAAAAGGCCAUGGAAGUUAAGUGAAAGAGUUGAGGCUGAAAAAGACUAAGCAAUGUUUUUCUUUUUCUUCUUAAAGUUUUAAGAUCUCCUAGUUGCUCUUUAAGUAAUAAUGUAACUAAUAACGAACAGUUGCUUGCUUUAUGUUACUUAGGCAUUAGAAUUUUGGAACAGUUUCUCUUUUGGCAAGGCCAUUUUGGUCAGCAUAAAUGGCUAUUGCUAUAUACAUAUAUCCUCUUCUAUA